AUGUACAAUCCAAAAAGGAAACGUGUAAGUUUUAGCGACAAUGUUGAAAGAAUCCCGGAAUCAUCUCUUCAAUUACAAGGAGCGGCGGACACAAGUUUAGAUGACUACUUCUACGAGUUUGAACAGGUAUGGAUAAUUCGCUAACGUUUGAAGGAUUGUUUGUGAAGUUGACCGAAUAGUUUUCUCGUACUAUUGAGUCUUUUGUCGUAGAAAUACCUUAGGGGUAGUCGGGCUUUCUUAAAUGCGACUUAGUUAACUUUAAUAUAUAUUUUCCCAAUUCCCUUUGUCGGUGUUUUGUCGACCGAGUAAUGACCCGCAAAUUAGUCAUAAAUUUUUCCUUACUUCAACGUGAAUCAGUAUCUAUCUUUUUACGUACAUGAGUUAUAGUCCCUCUGCGGAAUUAUAGCUCGAGUACUGGAUAUAUGGUGGCUUCAAAUGAUUGCGGUUUAGUCCUAAUUGUCAGUGAAGAGCAACUAGAUCAGACUAAAUAGGGCCGUAUGCUUCCUGAAUACUGACCGAGCACCGUGGAAAAGAUGAAGCUUCAAAACUUAACGUUAAUACAGCACAAACUAUUCAAUUAAUCAUUUAAGUUUACAUGACAAGACUCGGACUGAUAACUAGACUUACAAAGCAAAGUAAACUAGCUUUCUUAAAGAGUUCCUCUUUAAAGUCUCACUGAUUUUAGGAGUUAUUUAAAAUAAAUAUACAUAUCCGGUGCCGAAGUUCCUGUGCAUGCAAGAAUAGUUUUUCAGAACCGCUUAGGGAAAUACCGAGGGAAAUAGCAUCAAUAAACCAAAAAUGUUGCUUUUAUGUUAUUCAUUGUUGUGAAGAACGCGUUCAAACUGUCGAAUGCUUCUCAUAAACGGAAGAAAAAUCAGUUUGGAUUGUCCCGAGGUAUAAACCCACAUUCGAAAAACAUAUACAGUUAUAUAAAUAUUGUGUACUGAAGUUAUUUAUACCGCAGACAUGAAGUGUUGAUCCGGAAUGCAUCAAGGGAACAUUCUAUUUUUGAUAAUUAAAUUCAUGGUUAAAUUGCCCAAGUAAUGAUGUCUUUUAUGGGCAGAAGAUUCCAGAAAAAAAGUCACUGUAAGUAUUGACAAUCGAAAUAUCUGCAGUUUAAACAGUGAAAACUAUAGCUAAACUAAAUUGUGACGACAUUUAUGACGCAACGCGGAAAGAAUGUUAAGCCAAAGAGUUCAUUAUUUGAUCACUUUUAAAAUGACUUUAUAUCAAAUCUCGUGUAGUAAAAAUCUUUCCAAAAAAAUCAGUGAGUAGAAUAGAUACAUAAAUAAAUCUGUGUUACAGUAAUCUAUUUUUAAAAAAUGGUAGAGAUAUUUUCCCGACGUUUUUUUGCCCACUGCCGAUUUGGUCGCUGGCGUGGUCGCUAAGUAACAACAGAAAGACUACCUUUCACAAGCAGGCUAUCAUUUGAGCAGUGUUAAAACUAUCCUAAGUCAAAAUGGCUGCUUGUUGUAACUGGAAUCGGUUAAAAGUAGAACGUUAAACUUGCCGCGUUUGCAGGACUACAUUUAAGAAACGACUGACUUAUUCAAGGGAACUUCAAGUUUGCAUUGAUGUCGAACUCAGCCGCUGUGGUAAGUUGCACGCACUGUAGCUCGAUAGAUUUUCAGGAAGCGAAGCGACGUUACGUGCUAGUUUUUGUCUAGGCAUGCCAUUGAUAAUAUUACCAGGGAACGACUACCGGUAUUUUUGACGAAAGAUAUUUGUCUUUACUGAGGCUUUAGACUGUUUUAACUUGUAAGCCCUUUGUAGAAUUUAAGCUAAAGGUGCAAAACCGUCGUUUUGUGUGUUUCAUUUUUGUAAUGUUUGCGCUAAACAUACACGGAUCAUGUCGUAUGUACAUUUCUUUAUCAUUUGGGCUUAGAAUUUUUGCAAUGUUUAAAACUUCAAAGUAGUUUGUAAACACUGCAAAGAAUACGCCUGGCACUCGCUUGGUAGGUAGCAGUCGACGAUUUUACCUAAUUCAUCUUAUUGCCAAUUGGUGAAUGAGGGGUUAAUUAUUGCAGCUUCGAGAAUUUGAAACCUUGAUACCGGUUCGAUUUCCUUUCGUCAAGUUGUUCCAUUUUUAAUAGCUACACGUUUUCCGCUCAAAGAGACUUUAUUCAUAAAAUGCGUGUUUAAAUACCGAUCCUCUUCUCAUCCAAGUUUUAUAUGAUAAACUUGAAAAAAUAUUCGUACUAAAAUUAGCAGCAUGCCUUAGGCAAAGAGGAACGAUCGAGACAUUUCGUGCAGAGUUCGAGCGCAGCGAAGGAUGUAAAAUUAGCAGCUAACAGCACUACAAACGCAUCGAGUCAACGCCCCCUGAAAUUGAAUUUAACACGUUUCAUCAACUGUUUUCUCUGUUCCGUAUUUCCUCGCCGUGAUUGAUAAUUUGAUUACUGUCUCCCAAUUUUUAUUACAAUAAAAUUGCAUUCAAAAUAUUGUUAGCUACGCUUUCACUUUCAUGGUUAGAUUGCCUUGAAAUUAUGCAAUAAUGCAUACUGCAUAUAUACAGUCCAAACAACAACUCUACACGGUCGAUAAUUUCAGGUGUUUAGCAUAUAAAUGUUUUGGAUGAAUUUCGCUAGCUGCAUCCAAGUUUGCUCACCUUCUAUAAUUAUUGCUUUAGAUGCGUUUCAUUAUGAGUGAAAUAAGUAGAAUGUAAAUAGAUUAUGUUAUUGUUUUCAAUAAUAUUGCUAGCGGUAUUUAUUGUCUUCUUGUCAGUAAUAUAAUGGAUAUUUUCAGUUGAGAUAGCAGAGCAUUGCUUUCCUCUAAAGCACCCUGUUGUCCAAGUAGUUACGUAAAAUACUCAAGUUUUCGUCAGAACUUGUUAGACCUACGUACAACAGGUAGUGGAGCUUACAUUGUUAGCAUUUUUGUCUUGACAUGUUAAUGCACAUUUCCAAACUACUUUUUUUUACCAACAAAAUUUGGAGUGUCAGUUAAUUAACAUUUUUAAGAAUAGUUUAAUUUUGUUUGUUGUGUAAAAGAAAAUGAGGUUGGUUAAAGUUUAUUUUAAUGUAUUCUAGUUGUGCAUAAUCUGAGUUACACAUUUGCUGUAUAGUCUAUUAGCGGCCAACAUCCUUAAGUGGUAUUAUUUUACAUAGAUACAAAUCGUGAUGUUUGAUGGCAUGCAAUUCUUCAUUGUUUAGUUUCUCUAGCGGUAAUCAAAGUUUCUUCAGUCAUUUCUGUAUGAACAUUAGUCUCUAACUUCAUCUAUUCAUUUACAUGCUGUUGAAAAAACUGUCUUGAUAUUUAUAUAUACAAUUAUUGUUUGGAUGAGGUUUCGCAUGAUUGUCAAUGCCAAAAUUUGUGUUAUCUGCCAUAGCCUGUAUGCUGUAAAUGCUUGUUUUGGCUCCCUGGACACAUAUUAAUUUUUUUGAGUGGAGAGGGGAGUGGCUAUUGAAGAGAGGAGGCAGGGAUUGGGGUGGGGGGAGGUGGGGGGGCUGGGGGGGGAGAGGUGUUUGGGUUACCUGGUUGAGUUAUCUAGUGGCAUCAUGUAAUAAGAGGUUUACUUACCUGACCACUAAGUUACUGUUCCAUUAUGCUUGUGAAUCUAAAAAAGGCGAGAAUUUGUACAGCAUGAGGCUAGAACUGAGAAUCGGGUUAAAAUAAUUUAGGGUAAAUUUGAAAAUUAAUGAUUACCCUGAUGGUCCUUUUGAUUCAUAGCAACUGGAAAAUCAAAAAUGUAGUCUUCUAUUAAAUUUUUUUGUGAAGAUUUUCUGAAAAAUUAUGUUACCCUUUAUAUUUUGUCCACAGCUUUUGGGACUUUCGUCAGGUUGUGAUAAUCCAUUCGCAGAGAGAAACUUGUUAUAAAACCACGUGACUUGUGUCUUUUAUGGUUCACACAUCAACAUUCAUAAGUGUAAUGUCAAAUAAUUCCUCUAAACUGAUAUCAUUUUCUCUGUGUUUACCUAUUCCAGGGAUCAUUGGUUUGGUUUGAUGUGAAUCUAGGAUAUUUAUUGCCUGGGAAGCUUUUGGCAUUUGUGGCAAAGGAUCUUAAAGUACAGCAUGAGGAAUCAGGAGAGGUAACUAUUUUUAUUUAUUAUGGGGAGCAAGCAUUGGUGCAGGGGCGAUAUCUUUUGCCUCCAUCCAAUGUGGCCCUGUCAGCUGUCAGCAUUGAGUUCAAAUUGGGAUAUCCAAUAAAUGUAAAAAAGUCAGCGCUUUUUUCAACAUAUUACCUUUUGAAUUUGGACAAGAACAAAAAUGACUGUUUUUAAGGUCAUAGAAAAAUGACAAAAGUCAUGUUUUUUACCUUCAGGUUUUUUACAGAAAUCAUUAUUGCAAAACCAAAAGUCAACAUUCUCAGUAAAAUUCAGUCCUUGUUGUUAUUCAUUUCCUGGGCCAAGCUACAGCCUUCUGUUCUAGUGCAUCCUGGUCUUGCCUCGAUUUUCAACAUCACAACUGCAUUGCAUGCCGGGAAAUAACCAGAAUUUUUGACAGCAUUCAUUCCUUCCCGCACUUUUUUCAUAUUUGAUACCAAGUCCACAGCCACUCCGACCUACCACGGAAAUUUCGCGCUUGUUGUAAUUCUCAGUGGUGGCAAAUUCCAAAAUAUGCCGUGGUAGGUCAUGAAAUUCAUCAGUAGUCCAGUUCCAAAGUUACUUCGUUUCAGAGCAGUCAUUUUUCCAGUUCCACGAGCAAGUAACCAAAUUCGCAAACGAAGUACAUCACCUUACUCGCUUCUUUGAGAAUGUGGACUCUUAGUUACCGUCAUGCUUAAUGAUACUCAUCAGGCAGCCACUAAAAAUGAACUGGCUGUAAACUUACUAAAAAUCGCUUACAAACCAAACACCAGCCAUUAUUAUAGCUCGAUGAAGCAAAAUGAUUACAUCAGAGUGACUUUUCCAGAAAACUUGAGCCUCCAGUGUUUCAGAACAGUGGCACUUUUCAUGGUAACCCCAAAUACUGAGUCACAAAAUCCUAUUGAUUGUUUGUGGAUAGAAAAUCACUUGAAAAUGUAAAAAGUCUGAGGCAUCAACGGGUUACUAAUAAUAUUAUAUUGCUUGCUGUAGAGUAGUGUAUACUACAGUUUGCUGGUGUCAUCAAAUAAGCCAGACAAUAGUUUAUGAUGCUUUGUCAUAUUGUUAUUUUAUCAAGCAAAAUAUCAGUGUUUUUCCUUUUUCAAACUUCACAUGCACCUAUAAAAAGCCAUUUUUUUAGUGACUGAUUAUAUUAUUGCUCCUAUUACUAGCUGCAAGUUGUUCGUAAAAAUGCUGUCAUUGCGAGGAAGGAGGUGGAUUCUAGAAGGCUGGAUGACUUGAUAAAACUGGAGUAAGUAGACUUGAAUGUCUUAAACCUGGGCAGACUUGUUGAAAAGAUAGUUAGGACAAAUCUAUUGGCAGUAAAAUAAUAAUUUUAAUGCUCUGUAGUUAACCCAGCAUUUAAGCCAACCAGGCUUCAAUCACCUUAACCUGGACUCAGUUAAGACAGAUUAUAUGAUUUGGCUGUAAGACAGCAAAUCUUGGACAUAGGAAUUCAAUACAGCAAUAACAAGAGAAAUAGCAGAUUAAAGAAAAAGGCACACACACAAAAUGAUACCUCGGCUAAGAUUCGAACCUACAUGAACAUGUGGGAUUAUUGUGUGGCGGGGAAAAAGCUACACCACAAGGCCUGCACAUGAACUUAACUUCUUCAAAGCAGUCAAAACUGUUUUAUAAAAUUGAAGGUAUAUUCCUUUGGAAAUUCUUCCGUAACAUGAAAUAAAACGGGCCAAGAUUGUUUUGUCACAGUAUUGGGUGUCCUGUGGAAAAUUUCUCAUUUACAUGGACUAUGACAUAAUGGUUACAUCAUUGCAAAAGAGAGACAGACAGAGGCCAAAAAAAGGACUAACUACAUGUAGUUGUAAAUAAAUGUUCAGUAAUAACAAUUGUUAUUAUGUUCUAAUUUCCAGUGACUUGCAUUUGGGAUCUGUCCUGUACCACAUUCGUAAAAGAUACAAAAAAGACCUCAUCUAUGUAAGUUUCCUGCCUAAGAGAACAUUGCACAUUUGUAUAAUUGCAAGUGAGCAGAGUUAUAUUUGUUCUUGGGUUUACAUGUUACAGGUUGAUAUUAAAAAAUUCAGGUUAAAUUUUUUUAAACUUAAGUUGAAUGUCAAUUAAUUUUCCUUUGUCUCAUAGCCCUAAAUCAUGAAUAAUCAAGGCUAGGAAGCAAAGGAAAUUGACAAUCAACCUAAGUUAAGAAAUUUCAGCCUGAAUAUAAUUUUGACCUGUUACAUACAUAUAUGUACGGUGGCCCACAACUGUCACAGCAAAACCAAAAACCUCACGGCAAAAACAAAAUACCUCACGGCAAAACUGAAAACCUCACGGCAAAAACAAAAACCUUACGGCAAAACCAAAAUCCUCACGGCAAAAACAAAAUACUUCACGACAAAACCAAAAUCCUCACAGCAAAACCAAAGACCUCACGGCAAAACCAAAUACUUCACAGCAAAAACCAAAUACCUUAACUGUGAAGUAUUUGGUUUUGCCAUGAGGUUUUUGGUUUUUCUGCGAGGUAUUUUGUUUUUGCUGUGAGGUUUUUGGUUUUGCCGUGACAGUUGCACUUAAAGAAAAUGGUGGAUAGUAGGUAUUAGUGGACUUUAUUAAAUAUUUUUAUUUUCACAAUUUUUAGUGGCAUUGAAUUGUUACUCAUAAUUUGGUUAUCAUUUAAUUACAGACAAACAUUGGCAGUAUUUUGGUUUCUGUGAAUCCAUACACACAUUAUGACAUUUAUGGACCUGAAGCAGUGCAAAAAUAUUCUGGAGUAUCAACUGCUGGCCAGUCCCCGUAAGUAUAUAUUUGAGUUUAAAAUCUAAGUUCAAUGUUUUUAUUUUGGCUGAAGUACUAGUAGAAAUGAAUAAGGAAGUAGAAGUGGAAGCUUGAAUUUUUUUAAUGUUUUUAUGGGGUCAAAUUAUGCUUUUCUACCCAACCAGCAGUGCUUCAGUCAUUUAUACUGGUAAAACUCCCAUUGUCCUCUCCUCACGACAUCAGCUUUUCAGUGUAAAGGUCAAGAUGAUGGUACUAAAGACUAAGGGGGAAUUUACGUGAGACCGAAACUAUCUUAGACUGGUACGAAUGUGUAAUUUUUGUGGCCAUUUACAUGAGAGUGGGACAGAAUGAUUGGUCGAUAUUUACAUGAGACCAGUACAAACUCAAAAAGAGGAGAUUCUUGGAGCUAUAUAACUUUCACAAGUCAAUUACGUAACAUAUAUUAUUCACUAACUGUCCUAACUGGCACACAAUUUACGUCAGUAGACAGUGAGUAGACAACCGCAGAGUUUUUAUUGCGCCCAGAAAAUUAUAAGUUUUAUCUAACACUCAUCUGGUGUUCCGUUAAUAUUUACUGCAGAGCUUCUCAAAAUGGUGCAAUCUCUCACUUUAAUCCAAUAGCAUAUAUUCAAUUGAAGCUACUUUUAAGUCUUGUUUACUGAUUUUAUCCAUAACAGUACAGAGUUCCAAUUUUUGCUAAGAAAAAGCAAAAUUGAUGGAGCCAUAUGAAGAAACAUGCUAUUUAUAUGGACCCAGUCUGAGAUUCAUUUCAGUUUUUCAUGAGAACGGUACGGUCUCAGACUGGUACACAAGUAACUCGUGUUGGGUCAGUGACCGAGACAAAGUCAGACUAGUCUGAGUUCAUUUUUAGGCCAUUCCCAUGAAAAUGCAUUGAAAAAAAAAUUGCAUGGAGACUGAUACAAACUCAUACCGGUCUGAUUUCAUCCCCGUCUUGUGUAAAUACCUCCUAGUGUUGUGCUUUUGAAACAUGCACAUGUACUUCUCUGUAGUACCACAGGGCAUUAAUAGAAAGUGUGGAAAAUUUGUAUUUGGUAUUGCAUGUAUUGUACAUGUAAAGACACAAAGGGUGGUUUAACAGGAAACAUUAUGUAGAGAUUACCGACACAGACCCAAAAUAAUAUUCACAUUUUGGAGUUGUUCAUUUUAUUAACAUUGUUAUUCUAUCUAAACUUAUAAUAUAUUUUUGUAAGUAUUUCAAAGAAAAUAUGAGAAACUGGCUGUUUUUAACAUAAUGUUCAUCAAACCCAAUUUGUCACAUCUUUCAGUACAUUUAAGGUGUCCUUUCCACAAAUUUUUCAGCCACAUCUAUGCUCUUGGAAAUGCUGCAUACCAGGCCAUGUUGCGAACAGAACAGAAGCAAGCAAUUGUCAUCAGUGGAGAAAGUGGAGCUGGCAAGACUGAAUGUAGCAGACUUCUUAUUGAAUUUUUGACAACAGACACUCAAGGUGACAGAAGCCAAGUUGUAAGACAGGUGAGAUGUUCUGUCAGCCAAGUACAGUCAAACCUGUAUAUAACAUCCCUGCGUGUAGUGGUCACCCUGUACAUUAAGAUCACUGGACUGUUUCCUAAAAAAUUUGCGUUUAAUUUCUGUAAAGUUCACAGUGUACCUGUAUAUGGCCUUCACAUGUAUAUGUUGUGGUUCAAAUUUUUUCUUUGGUUUGAAUUUCUUUGCUUUUUACCUGUACAUAAUGAUCAGCAAAUAGGAUCACUAUCAAACAAUUGUUAUUUAAUAAUAACAAACUUUAUUCAAAAGCUUAUUACAUUGUCACCGGUGUUCAACAUUGUUUGAUUUAGCCUGGAAUACAGCUGUCUCUCCUCGUUUCUUGCUGCUAAGUGCAGAUACAUGUCUCUCCUGCAAAAUGUUCCUAGCAGUGAGGAGUUAGGAGAGACUGACUAUUCAUAGGCCAUGUUUGACUCAGAAUGUUUCCAUAGUAUCCAAGUCCGUACUGUUAAUAGGCGUUGAAGGUAAUUCUGGUUUAACCUCAAAACAGAAUUUACCUACUUUAAUUAUGUAUUCCUUGAUUUCUAAUAAUAGUAAUAAUAAUAAUAAUAAUAAUAAUAAUAAUAAUAAUAUAAUUUUAUAUCAUUUAUAUUGCACAAAUUAACAUAAAAAUAUGAUCAAUUGCACAUUACACAAAAAUAAUCAAGAAUUAAAAUUAAUAGUAAUUUUUAUAUAUAUAUGUACAAUAUAAAUGCAAUUUAACAACUUAAAAUGUAAGGUAAUUGCUAUAAGAAUUCUAAGACUAAAGUAGGUUAAAAAGGCUUUUAAAAGGUUAAAAAAGUACGUUCAGCUAACUAAGUGAUAAGCUAUUUUAAAAUAGUACUUGAGCAACUUCUUAAAUUAUGUCAACACCUUAAAGUUCUUUUCAUUCCUGAUUAAUGUACUAUAUGGAAGGUUGUUCCAUACUUUUGGUGCAGCAGUUGAAAACACUCUUUCUACCAGUGCUUUCUUUGUCCUUAAAGAAUAUUAAUUUGAAGUCUUUUCUUUACAGAUUGUAAAUUCCACCCCACUGUUAGAGUCAUUUGGUAAUGCCAAGACUGUGAAAAACGACAACUCCAGUAGAUUUGGAAAGUACUUAGAAAUUUACUAUGACAGGUUUGUACACAAGUAUGAUCAGCAUGUUCUGAAAUACGUAUAUUGUUAUUUUCUGCUGCCCUCAUUAUUUGUUCAUUGCCAUACACAAAAUGACAGCCAACAUUAAACUGAGCUCAAAAUUUUCUUAACUGUGUUAUACAUUAUUUGUGUAGUAAUCCUAUUAACUCCAGUUGACCAAGUUGUGGUGAAAUGAAUUGAUAUUUGCUUUAUACCUUUUUCUUCUUUGUGGAUAUUACCAUUCAAAAUUAUGUAACCUCUUUGGCAGAGUUUUUGAAUAGUAAUAUUUAAAGUCCUAGGAUUUUACAAAAAUGAGAUUUACCAUUUCUUGGUUGAAAUUUACCUUGAGGAGAGAAGGGGUUAAUUGAGGAGACUAUAAGAGUUUAAUCCGUGAUACUGCAGUGUACAGUAGUACUGCUCAAAAGUAAGUUUAUCAGCCUUGUCUUGUUUCUUGUGAGACAAGUCUCUCACCUUGAAAGGCCAGACAGACAAAGUAAUAUCUUGUCGCAAGCCAUGAGAGACAAGAGUCUUGAGAAUCAAUUAAUGAAGUGCCAAUUUUGAUAUGAAUAUUAUUUAUAGGCAAGGAGUAAAGUGCAAUCUAUUUAUAACCCAGCUUCAGACCAAUUCAAACGCAAAGGGUGUUGAUUGAGGCAAAGCUUGAAACAAUGGGAAAGUUUUAGUCUGCAACUGAUUUUUAUUUCUCUGUUGACAAGCAUGGUAUUCAAACCAUUUUUAAGGUUAAGCAGAAAUCACGCCAAAAAUAAUUCACAACCUUUGUGUUAUUCUUGCAGUUGCAAUAUCACAUUGAUUGUGAUUCAUUAAAAUUUUGCUUGUGUAGGUAAAGUGCAAUUAAUAAAUGUUUUUUUUUGAUAUUUUUUCCUUGUAGUGAAAGUAAAAUUUCAGGAGCUAGAAUCUCAGAAUAUCUCCUUGAAAAAUCAAGGGUUGCAAGACAGGUACUAUUAGCUUUUCUCAUCCAGUAAUAAUAAUCAAAACCGUUUUAUGUACACGUGCGUGUCCCGGUUCCUGAAAGGGUAUUUAAUGCUAAUCCAGGAUUAAAAUUUUGAUCUACUUUUUGUAUUUUACCUUCCUACGCAUUGCUUAGGGUAACAUUUUGUGCUAUCAUCACUGUAUCUCAGAGUAAAAGCUCAAUGGUAUUUUGUAAGCUUGAGUUACAUGUUCUUAGAUAACUAAACCGUGCUUAACUUGAGCAUCUUUCAAGGAACCGGACCCAUGAAAGUAGGUUUUCAUCUAGUUUUGACACAUGUUAUAGGGAUCAAUUUGCAGGCUGCUGUACUCCAAGCAAGCUUUGUCUUGGGAAUGCACUUAACAUGGGUCUUGACAAACUGUGGGCCAGUGAGCCAUGUGAGUGACACAAGGCAUCGGUAAAAAAAAAAGGAAACACAAGAAAAAACUGCAAAUUUACAGAUGAGGAGUUGAGCACUCAUUAUACUGAUAUAGGGUUAAGCACUCAUUGUACUGAUUAGGGUUAAGCUUUCAUUUUACGGAUUAGGGUUAAGCACCCAUUUUACAGGGCUUCUGAUAUUUCGCGCUGUCGCGGACCCGCGAAAUUCAGGUAUUUCCGCGAAAUCCCGCGAAAUUCCCAAAAAAACACGAAAUACCGCGAAAUCCGCCAGAAAUAUUUCCAAAUACAUGUCGGAAAAACAUAUUUAAUACUUAUCUUGGCUAUUAGACCUGUUCUAUUCACCCCAAACAUCCAAAUUUAUCUUGAAACUUCGUCACUGCAACGAGUAAAUAACGUCUCAAAACUACCAGGCGUUCUUAGGUGAACGUUGCGAAAUACUGGGGACUAACCAUAAUGUUAUUCAGUUUUAGCAGUCGCUCAUUUCUCGAGCGAACUGUUGUUGAAAGAGCAAAUGAUUAUCUCUGUUAAAAAAAACGUUAAACAAUGCUGGUCAUAUCGACGCAAAAUUGAUCGAUUUUAGCGAAAUUUGCCAAAAAAAUCCAGCGAAAUCGGCUGUUUUUUACUGAUUGUUUCUUGGCGAAGUUUCCCCCAAAAAUUUCCCGUGAAAUCGGCCGAUUUUUCCAAGAAUUUGCCCCGAAAAUCCUUCGAAAUUUGACUUUUUUCCCGCGAAAAUCCCGCGAAAUCGGCCGAUUUUUCCGCGAAUUUGCCCCUGAAAAUCCCGCGAAAUUUUGCUUUUUUUUCCGCGAAAUAUCAGAAGCCCUGAUUUUAGGGCUAGGGUUAAGCGCUGUUUAGGGUCAAACACUUAUUUACAACGGUUAGCGUUCAGUUAAUGUUUUCUUUAUUACUGUUUUCGAUUUUUAUGGUGUUUUUUUCUUCAAUGGACUGCAUGGCUUGCAUGACUUGCUGGCUCACAUUUUAUACACACUCACUUAACAUCACUAGCAUGUGAGCUAGACACUGCUGAUGGUAUCCAGUAACCUUAAAUUCCUGGGUGUACUUCAGUUUGAAGUCAUCUGACAAUAUUGUCCUUCCUUGUCAACAGUCUGCUGGUGAACGAAACUAUCACAUCUUCUAUGAGAUGCUGAGUGGAUUACGGGAGGACCAAAAGAUUAAAUUAAGUCUCACAAAAGCUGAGGAUUUUGUAUACCUUAACCAGGUACACCUGUACAUGUACUAUAAAGCCAAUCAGAAUAUUAGAUUUGUAAAAUGUAAUUGUGUUGUACUACUACCUAUGUACACUAUAAGCAGUUAUUUGUUAGGUUGAGCAAAAAAGAAGUCAGCCACGUGCUGAAUUUGAUUAAUAAAGGAAAAUAAUAUUUGCUGCAUAUUCAUAAGGUUUAUUCAACGCACUGAUCAUGGCAAUGUAUUGGUCCAAAUAAAACAUAAUCUGCAACAUUGACCAGUAAUUUACAUGUAUUGGUCUUUUACUCUAAUUUAUUCAUUUCUUUCACCCUGAUCUACUGCACCAACAUGUUAUAGAGAUAUCAACUACUCCAACUUUUUUUCUCAGGGAAGAGCCAUGUUCAUCGCUGCAAGAAACCCAAGAUCCUACUUUCAACAAGUUAUUCAAUCAAUGGAUGCACUGGGAAUAUCUGUAAGUUUUUUUGCUCAAAAUCUUCAUCCUCUCAUUUCCGCUUAUUUUGCAGUUUAAUGUAAUUUAGGUGAGAAAAUUCUUUCCAGUAUAAUAAUUAUACUUAAAGAUGCAGUAAGCCACAAGGCCUAAUAGAGCUCAUGUUUUUGACAUUCAUCGUGCAAAUCUGUCUUUUCGUGAUUUCAUUGCUAAAGCCUUGCUGCUGUUUUUCCCCACUCCUACUGCAAUAUAGUGUUGAUUGCAUGAGCUGGAAAUUAUAAAAAACGUACUGUGCAUGUGUAUCUCACAUUUUUGAGCUAGUAUAGGCUUCACUUUGAAAGCAUUAUGCGUAUAUAUACAGUUAUACACGUAUUUUAUGAGAGAUAGUCACAUCGCAUGUCCAUUCCAACCCUCUUUUACAGGAAAGUGAAAAGGAAUCCAUAUUUAAGGUUCUGUCAGUCAUAUUGCACCUAGGAAAUGUAGAGUUUGGAAAGACUGAGGUAAGCAGAUGAACCUCUCAGCUAUGAUUGCCUGACAAUCUAUAAUUAUGUUUUAUGCACAUGGCAUCUCUUUUCAAGAAUGGGAAGGGUAAAGCGUACCUCCCCUUUGCCCCACCCUACUUUUACCCACUUUGUUGUUGAUUCGCAAGGGGGUCAGCGUUGUACUCAUCCAUCUUUUUACCAUCUAUUUUUAUGCAAAUGAAGUUGUUAUAAAAUAAAAUUAAUUUAUAUUGUUAGAAAUCACUGAAAAACAAAAACAAGUAAAGUGAAUCAUUGUGCUGGAAAAUGAUGGAUGUAUCAGUCAGCCUGACCACAAAACCUACUUAUUAAAAACCGUGGGGUACUGGACACAAUGGACUUUCUUUGCACACUGUAAAUAAGUCACAUAAAGACAUCAUUCCAAGAACUCAAAUUGCACUUUUGGCAAGUCACUCCCUUAAAAACGUUGCUUUUAAUGAAUUGAAUGUUUUUGUAGUAAGGAUGUGUAAAAAUGAAAAUUACCUAUAUGUAACAUAAUGGAUAUGUGUAUUGUGUUUGUUUGUAUGUAAUAAAUCUAUAUGUUACAAGUCAAAAUUAUAUUCAAGUUUAAAUUUUUUAGCCCAGGUUGAUUCACAAUUUCCUUUUGUCUUGUACCCCAAAUUCAUGCAAAUAAUUAGGGCUUAGGAGACAAUGGAAAUUGAGAAUCAACCAAGUUUAAAAAAUUUUAACCAUGUUUUAAUUAACUUUGACUGGCACAUAAUUAUAUAACCCUGUCAUUAUGAGGCUCAAUAUUACACAUUGUAUACAUUGUGGGAUUGCCAAUACACUUGUAUAGUCAUUUUCUACAAUGUUGAUGUUAUCAGGCUGGUGGGCAGGAAGCCGCUGUGAUCAUGGGACAAACACAAAUCGUGAUUGUUACUCAGUUACUUGGUCUUGAGAAACAAGAUCUUGUUAUGCCAUUGACCAACAAGGAAACAGUGAGUAUUAAACUAAUCAAGAGAAUUUUUAAAUAUGCACACGCAAGUAUGUAUUAUACUACUUUUAUGUUGUUGACUUAACCUGUGAUGCAGGCUGGUGUGUGAGAUUUUUUCAAGGGGGCUCUGUUUAUUCGUUAGUUUGGUCAGGGAGGUAUUGGGGGUUUAUUAUGAGGGGUAGGGGUUGCUUGGGCUUAUAUGCAUUAGAGUGUUAUUUAACAACUUUUUAAGAAAGUGCAGUAAUCAUAGUGUAUUUAUCCAGAGAAAAUGUUUGAUACAGUUAAGCUCAGAAUUGUCUAUACUAUAAUGCAUUAUUAAUAACAUUUCUAUUUAAAGUAAAUUGAACAAUGCAUAUUCCAGGUUGCAGGUGGCUCUAAAGUUAGAAGUCGAAGAUCAAUGGAUGAAGCAGCAGAUGCUAGGUGAAAAACACUAUGUUUCUCAGUCAUAAAGUUAUUCUUUGAUACAAGUUACACAAAGUGAUCUUACAUAUUACAUUGUCAGAUUAUAGUGUUUAUCAAGUAGCACGACUUUUGCUUGGAAAAUGUUAGUUUUGUGUAAGUUGUUUUCUUAAAUACAAGCCUAUGUGAAUAAUUUAUUAAAUUGUUUUUCUAGGGAUGCUCUUGCCAAAGAAAUUUACUCACAUCUGUUUGCAUGGCUCAUAAGUAAAGUAAAUAGCAAUGUGUUCAAGGGGAAACAGCCUACAUCUAUUGCUAUACUUGACAUAUUUGGCUUUGAGGUAAAGUCUGUUAUUACACAGCACAAGUUGUGUUUACCAUAUUUACUGGUAGUUUAAUGCUUAAGUUAUGACAAGUCCAUUAUUGAAGAAGUUAUUUGAACAGUAAUGGAGUUCUAACUAAUUUAUGUCAGUAUCCAUGAGUGAAAAACAAAUUAACGUAUUGUACUUCAUUUUGAAUUAUUGCCAAACAGCUUUGCCUUCCAAAUAAAUAAUGUAUGUGUUUAUAUUGGACAAAACUGAAGUUACCUUGGCUUAUGAUGUACUGAGAGUACAGUGGAAACUCUCAAGAACGGACACCCUCCAUCCAAAUGCGAAAAAUGUGUCCGAGGCAGGAGCUGGCGGCUUACAGGAAUGUAGAAAUACAGAAUUUGUAAGGGAGUUGAGAAAAAUGGCAUUUUGUGAAGGUGGCCAUAAUUAGAGGUCUCUGCUUAUGAGAGUGUCUGUUAGGAGAGCUUCCCUUUGUAAUAAAUCUUUAUUAAUUCCCAAUCCCUCAUAAAUUUUUUUUCUUUUUAUUAACGUACCUACAUGUAAGCAGUUAUACUUUUAUGUGCGAAUUGUCUCAUAAGAUGUUCUGUGGGCUCUUUAAACAAUAUACCAGCUGUUCUUAACAGAAACUCUUGCACUAAAGAUCUCAAAGUCUGCAUUUUUGUUGACAGCUCAAGAUUUGUAGUAUCUUCCCAAAAAUCCCUCUGUUUCCCAAAAUUGAUGUCAUCUUGGCAAAAUUUUAUUUUUUUCCUGAAAAAAGAAGAAAGAAGUGUAUAUGCAGGGGUUGAAAAAAAAAUUGAAUUCAAGCUUGUCCUUUGGGCAAGUGCCUUUCACAUUUUUCUUGCCCAGGGCCACUUCUUGCUUGUCGUAGUUAAUAAUUUUGUUAGAGGGUGACUUUUGUCUUGAGCUGUGCCUGGCAAGAAAAUUUACUUGUCCCAGACUUCCAGACAGGGCUUUUUUGACUGAUCAUUAGAUAAUGACUAUCAACUUUUGCUUCUUAUCUCGUAUAAGUUUCCAUUGUGAAACAUUAUGAUAUUUCAAUUUCUUCUGUCAUCAAGAAGCAGUGUUCUCUUAUUAACUUUUAUGGGAUGGCAGCAACCGGAAUUGUCACCAAUUCACAAAGGUGGCACUUAAAAGUGAAAAAAGGACAUUUUAUCAUUUUUUUUGUCUAUAAAUAAAAUUCCUUUUUACUUGGUAUUCUUGGUUUGCAACUAUGUAACCACUUGGCCAUGUUGGGGGUCAAAACAGUAGAACGUUUUCUUGAAGAAGUUAAAUGAAAAUAGAGUUUCGUUCCCAGAGAAAUGCUUUUGUUCUUGACCACCAACGUGGCUGCCGUGAUGUCACAUGCAAACCAGCAAUUAAAAUGGUGCAGUAUUACUGUGACCUUGCUGUAAUGAACAACCUAAGGCCAAUUUUUCUAACAGUGGAGGUUCUCUUACUGUAACUGAAACGUGCAUUUAGAGCAAUGCCACACAGGGACACUCUGUUGGUAGACAUAAAAAUGUAUUCUCACAAUUUUUGUAUUUUUUUUUUUCAAAGAAUUUCGAGAGGAACAGCUUUGAGCAAAUGUGCAUCAACUUUGCAAAUGAAACUUUACAGUUUUUCUUCAACCAGUUUGUCUUCAGGAUGGAGCAGGUAAGGUUAAAAUGUAAUUAGUAAUAUUUUGUUCCUAAAUGUAUUUAUAUUAUUUUGUUCAGCGCCCGCUCAAGGUCUGGAUGACUAACCCUGCCCUUUACCUCAGGCUUAAGAUCUGGAUGACUGCCCUCCUCCCUACCUCAAGGUCUGGAUGACUGCCCCCCUCCCCUACCCCAAGGUCUGGAUGAGUGCCACCCUUAUCUCAAGGUCUGGGUGAGUUCCUUAUUCACCACAAGGUCAUGGGUGAUUAUCCAGUCUUUGAAGAAAUUGAGGGGAGGUGGAAGUUGCAGUCAUCCAGACCUUGUCUGGUGGGUCCUCCCCAUAACUCAUUGUCAAAAUAAGUGCUCCCCUUACCUUAGGUAUGAGUGCCCCUCCCCCUUGUCCCUUAAGGUCUGGAUCAGAACCCCCUUUUUGUACCUCAAGGUCUGGACAAGCAACCCCCCUACUUUAAGGUUUAGGUGAGUGACCCCAUUACUUAAAAGUCUGGAGGAGUAACUGUAUACUCACCUCUUACUUAAGGUCUUGAUGAACAGGUUCUGACCCAGAUCAGACCAGUUGAAUAUCACUGGAACUAUGUGUAAGCCAUAGAUUGUGAGUGGCCAUUUGCCACCUGUUCAAAGCAAAAGAAAAUUAAACACUGUAGAAAUAAUUAUUUUGUUAAGCACCUCUAGCAAGUGAACACCUCUCAUUUGCAUCCACCUAGUAUCCAAAAUACCAAAACCAGUUGUCCCAAUAACAAUGUCUUUUUGGUUGCAGGAUGAGUAUGUCACUGAAAACAUCCAGGUGCCAACUGUGCCUUUUUAUGACAAUCAGCCAAGACUGGAUCUGUUAGCUAAGCCACCACAUGGUUUGAUACACGUUCUAUCUGAUGUCACAAGUUUCCCUAAGGUUGGUUAUUAAAUUUGUUAUUCUAUGAAUAAUAUUUGUAAGACAAUCCUAUGUCCAGAGCGUAUUAUAGACGUCCACCUGCUCUUAUAAAGCCCAAUUUUUUAUGCUUUCUAUGAUGCUUAUAUGUGAAGUAUCUCAAGUUAUUUAUGCAAUCUGGCUUAGGUUGAAAUGUAUUCAACCUAGUUUGAUUGAUUCUAUAUUUCAUCUGUCUGUUAGCCCUAACUAUUCAUCUUUGUGAAGGUUGUGAGAUAACGUUAUUCAUAGUCAAGAAUAAUCAGGUAAAAGGAAAACAGAGAGGAAAUUGAGAUUGAAACUAGAUUGUUUUGAGACUGGAAAUUUGUUAAAACCUGAAUUUCUUAUUAAAGUACAACAUAAUAUUAUGUGUUUCAUUACUUUAAAAUAGUAAAGGUUAUGAUUUUGAUCAGUGGUAUAAGAAGUGUAUUU